AUGGUAAAGCAAAAUCCCUUCAUGGGUAACAAGUGUCUUUCUUAUCCAACAGGAUUCCGACUGCCGACACAAAAUGAGGAGCUCCGGAUUGUUCUGGUCGGGAAGGCUGGAUCUGGGAAAAGUGCAGCGGGAAACACCAUUGUGGGGACAAAGAAAAAACCUUUCAGGUCAAGGUUAUCCUCUAUUUCUCUGACAAAAUACUGUGACAAGACAAGAGGGAAGGUGGAUGAGCAAAGUGUAGCUGUUAUCGACACCCCAGGUUUGUUUGGUACUACAUUUUCCAAUGAGGAGGCACUGAAAAAGAUUACUAUGUGCAUCCCUUUCUCUGCUCCUGGUCCCCAUGUGUUCCUGGUUGUGAUCAAGCUGGGAAUAUUCACUGAAGAGGAGCAGAACACUGUGGACAUGAUUAAGAGAUUAUUUGGUGAUGAAUCAUCGAAAUACGCCAUUGUUCUCUUCACACAUGGAGACCUUCUUGAUGAUGAGGACGUAACAAUUGAAGACUUCCUGCAUAAAAAUCCAGUUUUGGAAAGUUUAAUUUCUCAAUGCAAUGGGGGAUAUCAUGUCUUUAAAAACAAAGAUAAGAAUCGCUCCCAGGUCACUGAGCUGCUUGAGAAGAUAAACAAGAUGGUCAUGAAUAAUGGAGGGAGAUAUUACUCCACUGAGAUGUUCCAGGAGGCUGAGAGACCAAUUGAAGAGGAGAAGAACAAGAUCCUGAGAGAGAAAGAAGAGAUGAUGAAUAAACGGAAGGAAAACAAACUUGAACAUGAGGCUAGAGAGAAAGCUGAGAGAACUAACAGCUAUACGGCAGAACGGUGCAAUACUCAAUGAAAAUCUAAAACAAUGAUGUACCAUCUAACAAUGCUGUUCCAUCUAACAAUGCUGUACCAUGCCCAUCUACCAUUUGUUUGACUUGAUGACUUCUAAUACUCAAAAAUGUAACUGGUUAUCCACAUCAUUAAAUGUUCUGACUACUCUUGGUGUCCGUUCAUUUAGCCUGUUCCAGCUAAUACUACCUUACUGUUACUCUAAUGAGGGGUGAUAUCUUCUUUUCAACGUUAAUUGUAGCUCAGUAAUAUUUAAAAUACAGUCAUGAAAAGAACAGGAGGAACCUAUCAUGCGGCAGGAGGGUCAUUCUUGUUGUUGUUCUGAACACCUCCAAACAAAGGUCAUGUGGUUGUCACGAAUCCCGCUUCCUGAG